GCGCAGGCGCAGUGACAGUAGGAUGGCGGAGWUGGUUCCUUUCACGGUUCCCACUGAGAGUGACAAAACCCUGUUGGUGUGGGAGCUGAGCUCUGGACCCACGGCCGAGGCCUUGCAUUAUUCUCUGUUCACAGUAUUCUCCCGGUUUGGCCUUCUAUAUUCAGUCCGGGUCUUCCCAAACGCMGCAGUGGCCCGCCCUGGUUUCUAUGCCGUCAUUAAGUUUUAUUCAGCAAGGGAUGCCAAAAGAGCCCAGGUAGCAUGCGACAGGAAACUGCUUUUUCAGAAAUCUCCAUUGAGGGUUCGUCUUGGCACCAGACAUAAGGUAGUUCAACAUCAAGCCUUUGCCCUAAACAGUUCACAAUGCCAAAAACUGGCAAAUUACUACUUUGGUUUCAAUGGAUGGUCAAAAAGGAUCAUUAAGCUUCAGGAGCUUUCUGACCUGGAAGAAAGGGAAAAUGAUGCUCUGGAGUCACCAAUGGAGAAGCGAAGCCUGAAGUUCUUCUGUGCUUUAGAGGUGGUGUUGCCAUCCUGUGCAUGCAGGAGUCCGGGAGUAGGCAUUGUGGAGGAACCUUUGGAUCAGCAGGAGGAAGGACCAUUAUCAUUCCUUAUGAAAAGAAAGAAGGCCCAGAAGCUUGCUGUUCAGAAGGCUUUAUCAGAUGCAUUCCAGAAACUGUUCAUUGUAGUUUUAGAGAGUGGUAAAAUAGCUGUGGUAUACAGACCCAGUGAAGAGAUCAGAGUUGCCAGAAAUGAAGAAGAACUACAUGAUAUAAUUCAAGUCACUUGCUUCUCUUGGAAGCAGUAUAGCCAAGGGGAGGAAGAAUAUCUCUCGGAUUUCAGCCUGGAAGAGGAAGAAUUCAGGCCACCAGAACUGGACUAGCACUACUGAAUAUCCCCAGAAGCUCAGUCCUGUGACUUCCUUGGGAAUCUCUGCCGCCCCCCACCCAAUGGGCUGCUAGAGUCCCGGGGCCACCCACAUCUAGGGCCCAGAUCCUGCUUCAAUGUAGGGGAGGGGGCCUGUAGGAGUCGAUUGUGGCCCCUGCCGGGGGAAGGGAAGCUUGGGUUGGUUGAUUGUGGGAAAAGGCUCCCCGUCUGAGCUAGCCUAAUAAAU